AUGCCAUGUAAACGUUUUCUCAAUUACAAUAUUCAAACUAACGCGCCAAAAUCUUCAUUCGGAUUCUUACGCAUGCGCGCUCUUGCGCGCAAGCAGAAGCGCGAUUGUUUUGAAAGAAACUUGUUUAAGCUUGCUUUUGUUUUUGGCAAAAAUGAUGAAACGCCAAAAGGUACCGCUGAUUUACAGGAAAAUGUUAUUCAAAACGAAUCAGUCGAUUUGAAUCCUUCAGAACAGUCGGAAUUAUCAGUAGCUACACAAGUUCUUAUAAAUCAUAGAACAGAAGAGCGAAUUACGGAGCAUGAGCAAAGCAAAGCUCAUAAACAAACUUUAACUAUUUAUUCUAAACGGAGAAGAGAAACUGGUAGUUUAAAAAAUGCAUUAACGAUUCAACAAAAAAAUGAGAAAAAUUAUUGGAUUCAAGUAUUACGUCGAAUAACUGACACUAUAAAGUUUCUUGCUUCACGAGGUCUCGCUUUUCGAGGGGAGAACGAACGAUUCGGAUCUAGUCAAAAUGGCAAUUACUUAGGUAUUUUAGAAUUACUGAGCGAAUAUGACCCUUUCCUUAAAGAGCACAUUAAUACCUACGGAAAUAAAGGACAUGGAGUAACAUCAUACUUAUCAGCUAAUAUUUGUGAGGAAUUUAUAGGCCUUAUGGGGGAAAAAGUUCUUGCUUGCAUUAUAAGUGAGUUGAAGAAGGCAAAAUAUUAUUCUUUUUCUGUGGAUUCUACGCCGGACAUCACUCAUCUAGAUCAAUUAACGUUCACCGUGCGCUACGUUACCGAUCAGGGGCCUAUCGAACGUUUUUUAAUGUUCGUUCCUAUAGAAGGUCAUAAUGCCGAAUAUUUAACAGAGGUUGUAGUCAAAUUUUUUAAAGAUAAUGAUAUUGAUAUAAAUGACUGUAGAGGUCAAUCUUAUGACAACGCAUCGAAUAUGUCUGGACGCUAUUCAGGACUGCAAACCAGGAUAAGGGAAAUCAAUAAGUAUGCUGAUUAUAUUCCUUGUGCCGGGCACUCGUUAAAUUUAGUCGGCGUUAAGGCAGCUGAAUGUGUUAAUGCAGUCGUUAAGUAUUUCUAUAUCGUACAAAAUUUGUACACAUUUUUAUCAGGAUCGACUUAUAGAUGGCAAAAACUAUUGUCAUAUUUAGGAACGAAAAAAAAAGUCGUUAAAUCUUUAUCCGCUACUCGAUGGUCAGCCCGAGCUGAUGCAAUCAUCGCUCUUUUCACAGGUCAUACAGAUAUUACGAAAGCUCUAGAUGAUUUAUCAAAGGAUGAUACGCAGUCUAACGAGACUAGACUUGAAGCUAAGACCAUUUUAAAGCAAAUUACAAAAUUUGAAAAUGUCUUUAUAACUGUGGUAUGGCACGAAAUCUUGACACGUAUUAAUGAUACAUCUAAAAAUUUACAAAAAAGAAAAUAUGGAUUUGUAUAUAGCAUGCAGUCUUUUAAAUUCCUUAGAAUUGUAUUUAUUGGAUAUCAGGGAUAA